GUUCAAAGCUGCUCCCGUACUGGAGGUCGAGAGACAUACAUGCUUUUUCCAAUGAGAAUCUGUGAAAAAUAAACGCAAAAUGGAAAGUAAUAAACUAGAAGAAAUCACGGGGAAGUUAGAGAGGUCUCUGUCUAUAGACAUGGAAAAGAUGGACAAGUUCGACAGAUACCGGCAGGAGGGGAAGGAGGCUGCCCUGCGCGGCGAGCUGCCACGUGCUCUUGAGCUGUUUCAGCUAGCUUACCAGCUGCAGCCGAGUGACAAGCUGAAGAAACGGAUCCAGGCCAUACAGGAGCUAGUUCAGAGAGAGGAGGAGAAGGAAGAGGAAGAGUUUGUGAAUGUGAAUGAUUCUGGCCUGAAGCUUUAUAAAGGCCUUUUUGACAAACUUUACGAGCAUCAGAAAGAGGGUGUGGCAUUCCUGUACAGUCUAUACAGAGAUGGAAGAAAAGGCGGAAUCCUGGCAGACGAUAUGGGCCUUGGAAAGACUAUCUAGGUCAUCUCAUUUUUGUCAGGGAUGUACGAUGCAGAGCUGGCCAAUCACACGCUGUUCAUCAUGCCAACAUCUCUGAUAAAGAACUGGGUGCGUGAGUUUGGCAAGUGGACCCCCGGCAUGCGGGUGAAAGAGUUCCACGGUGCCAGCAAAGCUGAGCGGAACAGGAACUUGGAACGGAUCCAGCGCAAGGGUGGUGUCGUCAUUACCACCUACCAGAUGCUCAUUAAUAAUUACGAGCAACUUGCGUCCUAUGACCAGCGUGAGUUCCGUUGGGAUUACGUAAUCCUAGACGAAGCCCACAAAAUCAAAACUUCAUCCUCUAAAACAGCCAAAAGCGCUCACGCCACCAGCAAAAACCGCAUGCUACUGACUGGCACUCCAGUUCAGAACAACCUACGAGAGAUGUGGGCGCUUUUUGACUUUGCUUGUCAGGGGUCACUGCUGGGAACCUCCAAAACGUUCAAAACAGAGUAUGAGAAUCCAAUCACACGUGCACGGGAGAAAGACGCCACACCAGGAGAGAAAGCUCUUGGAUUGAGGAUCUCUCAAAACCUGAUGGACAUCAUCAAGCCUUAUUUCCUGAGGCGGACAAAAGCAGAUGUUCAGAAUAAAAAGCAGAAAGCUUAUGAAGAAGGCAAUCAGAACAAGGAAGAUCAAGAAAACAAAUGUCCAAAUGCUGGUCAAGGUGCAGAGAUGCCAUCGCUGACACGCAAGAAUGACUUUAUUGUGUGGACAUACCUGAGCUCAGUGCAGGAGGACAUUUAUAACCAAUUCAUCUCACUGGACCAAAUUAAGGAGCUACUGCUGACUACAAGGUCCCCACUGGCAGAGCUCACAGUGCUCAAGAAGCUCUGUGACCAACCCAGACUCCUCUCUGCUCGAGCUGUGACUCGGCUCGUCCUCGAGCAGGGAUCUGCCACUCACUCCACCCCUCUGGAAGGUGAGAGCGAGUCCGCACCGAGUCAGAUUGAUCAUAUUUCAGAUGAGACUUUGAUCGGUGAGUCUGGGAAGCUGCAGUUUCUGGUGUCUCUGAUGGAAUGUCUCCGUGAGGAGGGGCAUCGUACCCUGAUCUUCUCCCAGUCAAGGAAGAUGCUGGACAUCAUGGAGCGUGUCCUGCGGAACAGAGGCUUUCGUCUGCUCCGCGUGGAUGGCACGGUGACACAACUGGCGGAAAGGGAGAAGCGCAUUAUGCUGUUCCAGACAGACAGAUGCUACACUAUCUUCCUCCUCACCACUCAGGUGGGAGGCGUCGGCAUCACACUAACUGCUGCUAACCGUGUUGUGAUCUUUGACCCGAGCUGGAACCCUGCAACAGAUGCUCAGGCUGUGGACCGUGCCUACCGCAUUGGCCAAACCGAAAAUGUCAUCAUCUACAGACUCAUCACCUGUGGCACUGUUGAGGAGAAGAUUUACCGCAGACAGGUGUUUAAAGACUCUCUUAUACGGCAGACAACCGGCGAUAAGAAAAACCCAUUCCGUUACUUCAGCAAGCAGGAGCUGCGAGAACUGUUUAACCUCGAGGACAUGCGCUCAUCCUCCACUCAGCAGCAGCUACAGGCCAUGCAUUCGCAAAAUCGCCGCUCGGACACCAAACUAGACCAGCACAUCACUCGCCUUCGCAGUAUGGAGAUGUUUGGCAUCUCUGAUCAUGACCUCAUGUUCACUAAGGAGUCAGAUGCCGAUGAAGACGUCCCUGAGGAUGCAGAAUCGCAUCACUACAUACAGACACGUGUCCAGAAAGCACAAGAGCUUAUGCAGGCAGAAUCAGAACUGCAUGGCCAGCUGAUGGACAGCAUGGCCCAGAACACAGAACUGGCUUGGCUCAGGCAAUCAGGGCAGCAUGGUCUGCAGACGUCUGCCGGUAGAGACUGCCCAGCCCCUCCCCAUACCAAAGACUUGCCAGUCACUGUGGAUCUGACUCAUAACAGAUUCGAUGAGCCAGAACUGGAGGAAGAAGAGGAGCACAGCUCCCUGUCUUUUGAGGAAGUUGUAGGUGGAGGUGUGCUUGUGGAUGACACAUCUCCUCGGUCAGGUGUUAUCCCUGCUGCUGAUAGAUUGGCUGAUAGUCAUCAUGUGAUCACACUGGAUGACAGUUUAAAUGCUGGGGAUGAGCAACAAAACUCUGUAUACACCUCAUCAAGGCUCUCGCACAAGUUCCCCAAGCUGGGAGAUCUUUCUGUAAUGUCUGAUCAUCUUGAUGACGAAAAAGCUCUGACGGACAGUUCCCAUUCAAAUGUGCUCCCAUCGCCCUCAUUUCCAAUGGCCACUGCAAGGGAGUCUUCUAAGGCAAAGAUAGAGUUGCUUCAAGGAAACUUCAAUUUGCAGCUUGAGGACAGUGUAGAUAUGUUCUCCGUUGAGGAAGAGGAAGUUCAUGAAGAAGGGGAAUCUGUAGCUGAAGAAAGUGUUGAGUUUCAACUUCAGAUGGAUGUCAGUGGAGAUAGACUGGAAGCAGCCAGUAUCCAUGAGGGCAAUGGAGUCAGUAACCAUAACAACAGUGGAGUCAGUAACCAUAACAACAGUGGAGUCAGUAACCAAAACAACAGUGGAGUCAGUAACCAAAACAACAGUGGAGUCAGUAACCAUAACAACAGUGGAGUCAGUAACCAUGAAUCUGAUUUGAGACAGCGUUCUGCUUUGAACACAAGUGCAGAUGACUCGUAUGUGCAUUCUGUUCAGACAAGGAAAAAGAGGCAAGUAAUUUCUGACAGUGAAGAAGAGGAGGAGAAGGAAGAGUCAGAGAGGCCAUGUUUAACUAGCAGCCCAUUGGCUGAUGGCCUUUGCAGGCUGGGCUCCUCCACACCAAAAUCUUCUCUGAUUGACAGCUCUCGACUCAGGCGCAGCCUGAACACGUCAGCGGCAUCUAGAAGGUCUCUCAUGAUGUCUGUGCUCGGAAAUGAUUCUGAUGAAGAGUCAGCAGAGCAUAUUGAUGGAACAAACGAAUCAGAACUGAUAUCUGAAGCCAGUGAAAUUCAUCAAGAUGAAUACGUGAUGGAGGAGGAGGAGCCAAGUGGAGAAACUUUAAACACAGAGGAUGAGCUUGAAGAGGAAGAAAGUGAAGAGUCAAGAGGAGACAAGGAGCAAGAACAAUGGCACAGUGCCUUAACUGAAUCCACUGAGGAUGUUGAAUUAGAGUCUGGUGAAAUGAUGGACCAGUGUGCCCCUAAAACAUUUCCUCCAGAAACACCCAUUCUACCAGUUAGUUCCAUUAGCAGUGAUGUGACAUCCACAAAAGAGACGGCCUCUGUGAACUUGUAUGAUUCACUGGUUCUUUCUGGGAAACGUAGUUUGGCAGAGGGUAGGAAGCAGGAAGCUCUAGAUUUCUUUCUGAAGGCCAUUGACAUAAAUGCUGGUGAAGCUGAAAUCCAACUCCUGAUAAUUAAGUUGUACAGACAACUUAGCUAGGGAAACUAAACUAUGCACACAUGCAAGAGUUUAUCUUAUUUGUUCUAUAUAGAGACUAUUUUUGCCAGGCUUUUUGACUAAACAUGACUGAAUCGUACAGAACAGACCAGAAAAACUUGUUAAGAGAAGUAUAUA